AUGCCCUUGCCAGAUAUUGACCACGAUAUUGCGCCUGUCCCCCGCUCGCGGGAGGAGAACCAAGAGAGAGCCUUUAUUGCGGCUUCACGGCGGAAGGAUCGCAGCUUAGAUGCUCGUCUGGAAUCUGCCAAUCGGGCUUCUAUGCUGCACAAGAAGCGUACGGGCAAGGCCUUUCACAUUACCAAGGAGAUUGUCGAGAAAGAAGCCAUGUAUGAAGAGGUGGACGAGCGGUACCAAGAAAAGCGAAUUCGCAUGCUGCAGCAACAGAACAAGCAGAUCGAGGAACAAUUCAACCGCCAUCUCCUGGCCGCUUUAGCAGCCCGUUCUUACUCCAAUGCCUCGAUCCACAGCCGCCGAUCAAGCCAUAUGACACCUCGCCCAUCAGUCGACGGUGGUUCUUCCAAGAUGAGCUUGGAUCUAUCCAACAUUCACUCCUCCUUCUCCCAGGGUCCAGGAUCACUGGCAAGCCCAAUUACAACGGGUGAUGGCUACGUACUAUCACCCUCGGCAUCAUACGACCAGAGCGCACAAUCAUACAUGCCCUGUAUGAGCGGUCCCGAGACUUCCUACUCCAACAUGGUCACCGCCUCGACAGGGGCUUCCUCGGGACAAAUCCCAGCGUACAUGAAUCAACAGACUCCCAUGUGGAAUUCGCAAGUACCUGCCUGGGCGGCGAUGCAACAGCAGGCCCACACCCCAGGGCAAAACCCCAGUGAUGCACACGCCGUGCAGAUGUGGCAGCAACAAAUGAUGCAACAAGCCCAGAUGCCCGACUCGGCUAUCCAAAUGCGUCAGUUCAGAGAUCGCCUCGCUUCUGCACCAGAGUUGCCUCUGCAGCACGCAGCUCCGCUGCUUCCCUCAGGCUCCGUUGCGGGCCCCACCGGCCACGGCCCUACCCAUGGACACACGCGCGGCCAGUCCCAGCCUUCUAACAACUACAACCUCCAUCUCCUCACCCAGACCACAAACUUCGCCCACUCCCAGAUCCCACCUUCAAGCGCUAGCUCGCCCAAGAACGAGGCACUUUCGGCUGGCACUCACUCCACUCCAGACUUUUGUCCCACUCCCAAUACGCCUCUGUCGCCGACUGCUACUAUGCAUGCUACUAUGUCGCCGGGUGGGAAGAUUGGGGGUGAUGGUAUUAUGGUCUCGCACGAGGGGAUGGAUCCCGAUUUUACAGACUUCAGCCAAUUUGCCCUGCACUUGGGUAACUCGGCGGUUCCGAUGUCUGAUCGCGAGCAGCCUUUUGGCUUCGACGACUUUAUCGCUGUGGACGACUUCACCAGCGUCACUUGUUAA